UGUAUCAUCAUUACUGUCUUCUUUGCCAUCUUUCUUACUCUUCCUUUCUUCUGGCUCUGUCUCUUGGAAACAGCAGGAGAGUUUCUAACAUACGUCCUUUCUUCAUCACAACUAGGGGACUGUUUUUAAAAAGGAAGUGGAUAGUUUUUAAGAGUAUCUGAUAGUUCAAUGCUACCUGCUUCUUCCUGUGCCACGGAACACCCAAAGGGGAGGGACUAUACUUAUUUCAGUGAAAAUUAGAAUUAUGGUGACUGAACAUUUUGGGAUCAAUGUGAUUUAUUUUACCGUAGUUAAUAUUCUUUUAUUCCCUUUCAGUCCCAAACAUGGGAAGUGGCAGAGAUGGGAUUUGUAAAACCUGGGGGCAGUAUCACUUUGAAACAUUUGAUGGAAUCUACUACUACGUCCCAGGAAGCUGUUCUUAUAUCUUUGCAAAGGAUUGUGGUAAUUUGGAGCCUCAGUACACAGUAUGGGUCCAUAACAGCCCAAAGUGCCUUGGUUCUGUGUAUUCUUGUUAUCGCUCGAUCAGCUUAUUUUUUUCAAACCAAGAGGAAAUUAGAAUCUAUGGACAUGAAAUAAAGAAGAAUGGGCUCAGUUUAUCUCUGCCUCAAACAAUUGGGCAGGUGCACUUUGAGAAGCUAGCUGACUACAUUCUGGUGAAAACGACCUUUGGAUUUUCUUUGGCUUGGGAUGGAAUAUCUGGAAUUUACCUCAAACUAUCUGAGGAGCACAGAGGGAAAUCAUGUGGCUUGUGUGCAAAUUAUAAUGGCAUUCAGUCAGAUGACUUUGUGAUUCACCAAGAGGACUACACAGAAGACAUUGCUAUGUUUGCAAACAGUUGGCUGGUGCUAACUCCAGAUGAUGCUAGAUGUGUACCCACUCCCUCAGACUUUCCAAAUCCGUGUUCCAGUGGAAUGCCAGCAUUUGAGGCAAUCUUCUUCAAAUGCCAGAUAUUGUUACAGUUCCCCUUUCUGAGCUGUCACGAAUACAUUGAUCCAUACUUAUACAUUGCCAGCUGUGUUAAUGAUCUGUGCAAAACUGAUGAUGAUGAAACUUAUUGUCGAGCAGCCACCGAGUAUGCUAGAGCGUGUUCCCAUGCUGGCUUCCCCAUUCAAGACUGGAGGGAUGACUUUCCAGCAUGCACUGAUAAGUGUGACGACAGCUUUGUCCACCGGGAUUGUAUCAGUUGCUGCCCACCGAGCUGCACGUUUGACAAGCAGUGUCUUGGGAGCAAUCUUCACUGCCUUGACGGAUGCUACUGUGCAGAUGCAGGCCUCAUAAUGGACAAUGGAACUUGCAUCUCUUUGGAGAGCUGCCCGUGUAGUUUUCAUGGGUUAGCUUAUUCGGUUGGCUCAAAAAUUGAACAAGAGUGCACUGAGUGUGUAUGUGUUGGUGGGGUUUGGAACUGCACUGAGCAUGACUGUCCAGUUCAGUGUUCUGUUGUGGGUGACUCUCAUUUUACCACGUUUGAUGGGCGCCAUUAUUCUUUUAUCGGCUUGUGUCAGUACAUCCUUGUGAAAGGAACUGGGAAAGAUAGAUUCACCAUCACGUUACAGAAGGCUCACUGCGAACAGAACCUGGGUUUGGUCUGCCUUCAGUCCAUAACUCUAAUUCUGGAGGAUGACUUUAACAAACAAGUAACGCUCAGUAGAGGAGGCCAAAUCCUCACCAGUCCCAACCAAGGCUUCACCCUGAACGGCGUUGUCGAAAUUCAAACUCUGUCAUCCUUAUUCAUUCUCCUAAGAACCACCUUCGGUUUAAAGAUCUUGUUCGCUAUUGAUGGAGAAAGAAUUUACAUUCAGCUUUCCAGUGCCUGGAAAAGAAGGACCUUAGGUCUGUGCGGUACCUUUAAUGGCAACAUCAGGGAUGACUUCCUGUCCCCUUCUGGCAUGAUCGAAGGAACCCCACAGCUUCACGCGCAUGCGUGGAGAGUUUCCUCCACGUGUUUCGCGCCUGUCCAUGUCCCGAUGGUGGAUCCCUGCAAUAUUAACCAACAGAACAUUGGAUAUGCAGUGCACUGUGAUGUCAUCCACCAGGAGCUCUUUGCUCCUUGUCACGUCUACGUCAGUCCAGGGCUGUACUACCAGCUGUGUCGACAUGACGCGUGCAAGUGCGGAAGCUCCUGCCUGUGCAAUGCUCUUGCCCAUUAUGCCUACCUGUGUGGUCAGCGCGGUGUGCCCAUUGACUUUAGAUCUCAGAUCUCGUUCUGUGCCGUGGUGUGUCAAAAGGGCAUGCUGUACCACCACUGUUCCUCAUUCUGCCUCCGUUCCUGCACCUCUCUCUCCUCCCCUGAGCAGUGCAAAGAAGAUUGUGCUGAAGGUUGUAACUGUCCUGAAGGCAAAUUCUAUGAAGACACACUUAACUUUUGUGUGCCCAUAUAUCACUGCCGCUGUCAUUAUAGGGGGAGCAUUUAUCAGCCAGGGGAACUCAUCCCAACACCCUCAGGCUUAUGCCAGUGUUCAAAUGGGACUGUGAAAUGUGAUGAGACAGCAACGCCCUCUACUGUCCACGCCUGCCCAGAAGGGAAGGAAUAUUUUGACUGCAGGUUUCCUGACCCUGAAUUACCAGCUGGUGGUAUAAAUUGCGAGACCACGUGUGCAAACAUGGCCAUGAACUUCACCUGUGCUCCAUCCUCGCCUUGCAUCAGUGGCUGCGUUUGUGCUGCAGGGAUGGCUGAGCACAAAGGAAAAUGCUAUGUUCCUGAAAGCUGUCCUUGCAUCUGGAAAGACUGGGAAUAUGGCUCAGGGGAAGUCAUCACUACACCAUGUUACACCUGUGUUUGUCGGCGAGGGAUGUUCAACUGCACGUAUUAUCCGUGUCCCGCAGUGUGCACCGUCUAUGGGGACCGGCAUUACCAUUCCUUUGAUGGCUUGGAAUAUGACUAUAUCAGCGACUGCCAGGUGUUCUUGAUAAAGAGUACAGAUGAUUCUGGUAUAUCUGUGAUUUCCCAGAACAAGAAGUGCUUUGACAAUGAUAUUGUUUGUUCUAAAAGUGUUUUGAUAUCAAUUGGAGACACUGAAAUCUACCUCAACGAUGCUCCUUACAAACAGAAGCAAUCAGGUUUUUUCCUGGAAAGCAAACCUGAAUACCAGCUGUGGAAGGCUGGGUUCUACAUAGUAAUAUACUUCCCAGAGGAAGAUAUCACCAUUCUGUGGGAUGAGAAGACAACCAUCCACAUCAAAGUUGGGCCAAAGUGGAAGAACAAGCUGGCUGGAUUGUGUGGUAACUUUGACAAAUGUACUUCAAAUGAUAUGACAACCUCUAAUAACAUUGAAGUGCGAAACGCUCAGGUGUUUGGCGACAGCUGGGCCUUAGGACAGUGUGAAGAUCUUAUUGAGACACUGAAGCCCUGCGAGGCACACCAAAACAAAUUUCCCUAUGCCAAGAGACAAUGUUCCAUUUUGUACAGUGAUGUGUUCGCUCCUUGUCGCAAUGUGAUCGACGUUACUUCCUUUGCCAAAAACUGCCAUGAAGAUACGUGUAACUGUAACCUGGGUGGGGACUGUGAAUGCCUAUGUACCAAUGUGGCUGCAUAUGCUUACAAAUGCUGCCAGGAAGGGGUGCCUGUUCACUGGAGGUCACCCACCGUCUGUGCCCUUGACUGUGAAUAUUAUAAUCAAGGGCUUGGAGAAGGACCGUACAUGCUGGCAAGUUAUGGCCAAAGUGGCCUUGUUCUCGGUGCCAAUAUUACCAGUAGAAGCAUUUUCUCUUUGCCGAGAAGCAGCGAUCGUGGGAAUUUAUUUUUUAUUUUUAUGAUCACUCCAGGCCUUUUCAAAGAGAAGACAUCCUCAUUGGCUCUCGUUUCCUUGGAAUCUGCUGAAAGGCCAAACUACUUUCUCUACGUCCACGACAAUGACUCUCUUAGCUUGCUGCUGUGGCACGCGAGCUCGGCAUUUCGUCAGAGAGCAACGUUUUUCCACCACCAAGGCCUCUGGAUUCCUGGUUACAGUGCAUUCGAAUUAUACAGCAAGAAAGGCUACUUCAUUGUUUUUAUGGAUUCUACCGUCAAAGCAUCGAAAUACGAUGAUUCAGAGGAAUUCAAGCAGUCAAGUAGCUUCAGCAUAGAAGAAAUCCAGGCAGUGAUCCCUUACAGGAGGAUGUGUGAGUGGAGAUACGAACCUUGUGCUACUCCUUGUUUUAAAACAUGCAGUGAUCCAGAAGCCCUAGCCUGUACAUUCCUUCCACCGGUUGAAGGAUGUUUACCAUAUUGCCCCAAGCAUAUGAUCCUGGAUGAGGUGACUCUUAAAUGUGUUUAUCCAGAAGACUGCAUACCACUGACUCCAACAGAACCAGCGUUAGUGCCACCAGACAUGGCUACUCCGUCAGACAUGACACCGACCCCAGGUUUGGAAUGUGAGCCUCAACAAUUUGAUCCUGUUUAUAACUGUAGUCAAUAUAUCUGCCUUAACAUGGAGUGGACCUUUUACAACUGGUCUCUGAAUUGCCCGACGGACUUGGAAAUGCCAGACUGUGGGUUCCGAGGAUGGCCUGUUCAAGUGAACACUGAUAUAUGCUGCCCUGAGUGGGAAUGUCCCUGUCGGUGCUCCAUGUUGUCAGAGCUGAGCAUUAUUACGUUUGAUGGAAACAAUGCUGCACUAUCCAGCAUGGCUUCUUACAUCUUAGUGAGAAUCCCUGGGGAAAUUGUCAUUGUUCACAUUGACAAGUGUUCCAUGAAUCAGAAUGGACAUGCCCUUAAAAAACCAGCUUCUUUUGGACGGAUCUCAGGACUUUGUUUUAAGAAGCUAAAUGUGACAACAUCUAUACAUAAAAUACUUAUCAACAGAGUGGCAAGAAAGGUAGACGUGGAUUCUAUUGUUGUGCCUUUGCCAUUUUCAAGUCAUGAGCUGUUCAUAGAAGAUUCUGGAACAAUGUAUGUGAUUACUACUCCUGCUGGCUUAAUCAUAAAGUGGGCUCACCUUACAGGAAUCAUAGAUAUUCACUUCGGCCCCCAAUUUAACUUGUCAUCUUACACAGAAGGGCUUUGUGGGAUUUGCAAUGACGAUCCAGAUGAUGACCUCAGGAUGCAGAAUGGCACGAUCAUUACCAACAUGGAAGACAUAGAGUUAUUUAUUGGGAGCUGGGAAAUUGAGAAAUCAUUUGAAGUGACCAUGAGAAGACCUGUGAGGAAUUGUACGGAGUAUGACUGCAGCCAUUGCAUUGAGUUAUUGAACAGAGAAGGUUUCAUUCCAUGCCAUGAGAAAGUCUCACCAAGGGACUUCUGUGAAAAGAUGUGGAUCAACUACACCUACUUCUGGAGCUAUGAAUGCGAUGCGGUCUCUGCAUACGUGGCUCUGUGCAACAAGUUUGAUAUCUGCAUUCAGUGGCGUACACCUGACUACUGCCCUCUGAGCUGCCCAGAGGGAAAGGAAUACCAGCCCUGUGUGAGACCAUGUGAAGCAAGAACGUGUCUUAAUAAAUGGUUCUAUGGACAUUCCUCUUGUCUGAAUUUGAGAGAAGACUGUGUGUGCAAGGAUGGAACCAUUCUUCACCGGCCAGAUAAAACUCUAUGCAUCCCAGAGCAAGAAUGUGUAUGCACUGACAGUGAAGAUCACCCCCACAGUGCUGGGGAGAUUUGGAAUGGUGGCAUUGAUGAAUGUGCCCUCUACAAAUGCCUGGAGGAUGGAAACAUUAUUCCUAUAGAGCCAGUCUGCGAAGAAGAACCUUCCCCCAUCUGUGAACGAGAAGCUGAAGUGGUCAUAGGCAUUGUUGAUAAGCUGACCUGCUGUUCUAAAAAAGUCUGUGGUUGUGACAUGACUUUGUGUGACAGGACUAUCCCAAUAUGCACAAGUAGCCAGAAGUUGAUCAUUGGCUAUAGUGCUCUUUCUUGUUGCCCACAGUAUGAAUGUGAAUGUGAUACCUUGAGAUGUCCCAGUAUUUCAACCCCAGUUUGCAGAGAUGACCAGUUUGUUCUUCAAGUCCGACAAGGAGAACCUUGCUGUUUCUACCCUUCCUGUGUUUGUAAGACAUGCACUGAACUGACUCCACAAUGUACUGAUGGGGAAUUCCUCACAGUGAAUCUCAAUACUACACAUUUAUGCUGUCCUCAGUACUACUGUGUUUGCGAGCCAGAACUUUGUCCCCCACCAUUACUCGAGUGUGCAAAAGAUAUGAAUCUGGUGAAAGAAAAUGUAUCCGGACAGUGUUGCCCAAACUGGCAUUGCGAAUGCAACUGUGAAAAUCUUGUCACGCCAACUUGUGAAGUGGGAGAAUUUGCCACAAUAGAUCAAACCUUUCAGACUGACUGUGGAUGUGUACAGUACCUCUGUGAAAAGGAUGAUGUGUGUGUGUUUCAAGAAGUAUCAGUGUUGAAUCCUGGCCAAUCUCUAAUAAAGUAUUUGGAAGAGGACUUUUGUUAUGCAAUCGAAUGUCUGGAUGAAAAAGAUAACUAUACAGACUUUCAUACUUUGAAUGUUACAAUGGUGAACUGUUCCAAAGACUGUGAUGUUCACCAGAUAUACAUCCCAUCCUCCAGUGAUUAUGAUUGCUGUGGGACAUGUAAAAAUAUAUCCUGCAAAUUUCAUAUGGAAAAUGGAACAUCAGUUAUAUAUGAGGAGGGAAGCAUUUGGAACCAUAACUGCAGCACAUACGAAUGUGUUAAUACUGAGGAGGGGGCAAUGAUUCUAAACUACAGCAUGGUCUGCCCUCCUUUUAAUGAAACUGAAUGCAAACUGAAUGAAGGCAUUGUAAAGUUUUAUAAUGAAGGCUGUUGCAAGAUCUGUCUACUGUAACACAUAAUCUCACAAAUCAAAUCACAUAAUAAACAUUCGGAAUGUAUUGUCUCACAGAUCUGGAAUUCCCAAACUGAGGUGUUGAUGAGCCGCUCUCUAAUGAGUUCAGUGAGGGAAGAGUCUCUGUCCUUGACUUAUAGAUAUUGUCUUCACAUUUAUAUCGUAUUUCCAUUUGUGUUUGUGUUUGUGUGUGUGUGUGUGUGUGUGUGUGUGUGUGUGUGUGUGUGUGUGUGUGUGUGUGUGCGUUUCUCCAAACUUCCUCUUUUAUAAGGACUGGUCAUAUUGUAUUAUAAUCUACAUUUUUAUCUCUGAUUGCCUUGGUAAAGCUUCUACAGCUCUACUGAACACAGAAGAUUUGAGGGACACAAUUCAAUUGACAAGAAAUAUACUUGGUCUUGGGAAUACAGUAACAUACAUUUUAGCUACAAGAAUCUGAUGAAACCAUCCAAUGACAUUUUACUCUUUGUUGAAAGUGAACAAUUUUGUAUUCAGUAAUCUCUGAAUGCCAUGUGAGCUGAUGUUUUUUGAUUAUGUAUUGUAUCAAGAGGACAAGAAUUAAGUUUAGCUGUAGAAUCUUAAAGGCUUGUAUUUAUAUAUUCUUACUUAUUCCCUUGACAGCUUUGGAGUCUAAAUGCUCCUUUAGAUACAAGAGAGAGGCACAGUCAUAAUCAAAGCCAAGGCUAUUGUAAUUGUUUCCAUAAUACCAAACUAGUUUAUAGACAAGUUAGUGUGUUUAUUUUUGAGGGGAGACAGGAAAAGAAAUAUGGGUGACUAAACUGAUAUAGGAUAAACUAGUAUUCCUCAGCCUGUUUUGACAUGGCCACAUGCAGUCCUUGGAGGACGGGGUAGCUUCCAGAAUUCAUUAGGAAAUCAAGUAGAAUCAAGAGCAAGAGAUCCCAUUAAACAAUAAUAGAUAUAGGCCAGCAUAGCUCAUCUCUGCCAAGCUUUUUGCACUGGAGAACAAUGGCCAACUUAGUUCUGCGUUAAGAAAUGUGAGGUAACUUAUGAAUUGGCAUUAGAGAGUCUUUGUCAAAGGUUAGGAUUCUAAAUGACCAGGUUGUGUCGUAGAGAUUGUGGAGUUUGGAUACUGUCACGUGUGCUGUGAUAAAGAAAAUAUACUACAAAGAAAUCUGUGAGGAAUACAUAGGAAAUAUUUCUAGGAACAAAAUAUUCAACUAACCAAUAAUGAAUAAUAUUGUCCCAGAUACUUAUUGAAUUAGUUUUUCUUUGACAAGAGCAGUUUUAUUUCAGUCAGUCUUAGCUACCCAGCUCUCCUCAAAUCAAAGUAGCUUAAUUUUAACUGUUGGAAUUUCAUGUCAGCCUGCAUUCUAAGACUCUCAUGGGUAAAGUCAUAUGAAAAUUGAUACUGUGAUUCUACCAUUCCAUAUGCAGAACAGAAUGAGUCAGUGAUUUCCCUAAAGUGACAAAGCAAGUCAGUGGCAGAGUGAGAUAAGAAUCCUGGCCUUUGGUGUCCUGAUUCACACUUAACUAUCAAACAUUUGUUAAGUAUACAUUCCUGGGUAUAUCAUAAUGUAAUACUCAGUUGCAUAUUGGUACAUGCAACUGUGUCAUGAAUGAUUAUAAGGUUUUUUUUUUUUAAAUUUGAAAUUAAAGAGGACAUUUCAAAGCCAGAGAAUAAAUUAUGAAUCAUUCAUGUGUUACAAUAAUGCAGACAAGUAAUUAAAUUUUACCACUUAGCAUAUUAAUGAAUACUUACAAAAUGAGUUUCAGUUUUAUUUAAAAAUUGUGUGUUAAUCAGUUAUUUCUACACAUUACAUAUUUACAUGUAUUUAAAUCUAAAAAUUCAUUAUUCCACAUUUGUAACACUUUUGACUAAUGAUAAUGAUUAUUCUAAGAUUACGAGGCCAAAAGUGAAGAUAAUUAUGAAUUUAGAUAGUAUAAGCUACAGGGAGGGAGAAAAUAGAUAUUGGAUAUGUAACAUCUAAGAGUAGAGUUUGAAAAACAAUUUCAUACUGACUAUAUGUUUUAAAUAAAUACAUCCUUUUGCAAUCUAAUUCCAUUUAUAUUUAAAUUAAGGAAGCAUUUUGCAUGAAAUUUCAAUAUUUAUUAUUAUUUUAAACCAUGUGCUGCUAUAUGUAUACGUAUAUGUGUGCGCAUGUUCAUAUGAGUGUGGUCCAUGGAGAGGGGCCAGGGUUCCAGUGCCUCCUGGAACUGGAGUUAGAGGGUCGUGUGCCUUCUGAUAUGGAUGCUGGGAACUCCGUUUCCCUGGAAUAGCAGCAUGGGCUCUUAACAAUUUAACCCUCUUUCCACCCCUUACAAGGGCUUUUUUGACGAAUAAAUACAUUUUCUUUUCUU